AUGUUUCCAUCAUUUCGUAUACGUGUAUCGGGUUUGGAUAAAAAAGCCAAAUAUAUAAUGUUAAUGGAUAUUGUUGCUGCUGAUGAUUGUCGUUAUAAAUUUCAUAAUUCACGUUGGGUUAUGGCCGGCAAGGCAGAUCCAGAAAUGCCUAAACGAAUGUAUAUACAUCCAGAUUCACCAUCCACUGGUGAACAAUGGAUGCAAAAAGUUGUUUCAUUUCAUAAACUUAAAUUAACUAAUAAUAUUGCUGAUAAACAUGGUUUUACAAUAUUAAAUUCAAUGCAUAAAUAUCAGCCACGUUUUCAUCUAGUCCGUGCAAAUGAUCUAUUAAAAUUACCAUAUAGUACAUUUCGUACAUAUGUUUUUAAAGAAACUGAAUUUAUUGCUGUUACAGCAUAUCAAAAUGAAAAGGUUUGUAAUAUUUCAUGUUUCGUUUCAUGUUUUUCAAGAUUCUUUCCAUAUGGUAUUCGUCCAUUUUUAUCACAAUGCAAUAAUCAAAUUCAAAAUGGACAAAUGAUGGGCGAAUUAGGUAUCGCCAUUAGUCCUAGAAGUGAUGAUAAUGAUAAUCUUGAUUAUCAACAACAAAAAAAACAGUCAAAAAAUACCUCAUCAAUGAAUUGUCCAUCAUCACCAAUAUUAUCUAGAUCAAAUUCAAGUAAUGGUAGUGUUGGUGGCGGUGGUGGUCAAUUAGAUGGUCGAUGUAGUAAUACAAGUACACCGAAUAGUAUUAUACGUAGUAGUCAUCAUCAUCAACAUCAACAACAUACAUCGUCGCAACCAGUAUCACCAUCAUCAUCAUCAACAUCAUCCGCAUCCUCAACCGCAUCGAUAACGUCAUUUAUGAAUAAUCAUCAUAAUAAUACUAUUGAUAAAAGUCCAUCAGUUAAAGAAUCAUUAAAAGAAUUGAAAAAUAUUCAAUUAAUGGUUGAUG